AUGCCUGCGUCAAAGAACGAUCACGUAGGAAAAACAGCAAAGUUAAUAUAUAAAAACUCCAGAAAUACAAUCAAUACAUACUCAAGGACUUACUCUGGAGCAUCACAAAUGUUCACAAAAAGUUUAAUACUACAACUUAAACAAAAUUUACCCAACGAAGACUACUAUGAGGAAAAUGGCACAGUAAAGCGUGAUUUAAGCAUAGAAACCGACAUUUGCAUUUUGAGAGGAUACUAUAAGAAGAGAAGAAAUAAAUUCAUUAAUCGCGAAACCAUAUCAACUAAAUCUAAGUAUUCUCUUAAUCAUACGGAGAUAGACACAAUCGAUGAAUUUAAAUAUGAUGGCAGUGCAUGUGGUGACAGCGAAAUAAGUGUAAAACUUAAGAACACAAAUUUUAAUAUAAAUCUCACCUCAUUAGUUGUGCAAAACCUAAAAAAGAUGUUGAAUGACUGGGUAAAGAUAUAUUUGUUGGACAAUAAGGAAACAAAACAGAAAAUUGAGUCUGUGCUUGACUCAUUAUUACAUAAGUUAGAAUAUCAACAAAAAGAGACAGUUUCUUCCUGUACUUACACAGUUGAUAUAGAACUAUUUAAAAAACGAGAAAGGAAACCACAAUUUGUUCAUUCAAUAAAUUCUCAAGCUUUUAGACAACGCAGUUUCAGUGUACCUCUAGGUGGUAAAUGCUGUAGGAUAUUUUCAACUCUUAGUGUCCCCAGAAACAUAUACAGAAAAAAUAAAUCUAAAGAUCUGAACAAAUUAAAUGGGAUUCGUCAUAGAAAGAUUGUUUUGUCUACCAAUGGAUCAAGCAAGUAUCUCUUUACUUCUUCUAGUUUAAACUUUUUAACACUACCGACAAAAUUGAUGACUAAAUGUUGCACCAUGUACCAACAGGAUGUUUUUCAAAAAAAGAAGAGAAGAAAACAAAAAACUCUUGUACUUCCAAAUGAGCUUUAUGAUGAUAAGAAUGUAGAUAGUUUCAGAACAAUAAGACACAUUGAUACUUUAAAAAAUAUAAACAUAAGCAAAACAACAAACGUCCGAAAUUCAACACUAAAAACGAUUCCAAGUAUUUACAAGAAUAUGUUCAAUUGCUUCAGUCGAAACGAUAUGAAUGAUUCUAGAAAUAUAAACCAAAGUACCAAGAAUGAUUGUGAACAAGAUAUUAGUUUGCCAUUAGUACCUACUGAUAUUAGAAAUCAUAGCUUGGAACUCGAACAAAGCAAUAAGUAUGAAAAUGGAAAUUUAAAGAACUAUGACCAAAUUGUAGAAAAUUUUGAUAAAAUUACCAAAAAACCUUCAAGGAGAAAAAAGAAAAACUUUUCAAGAUUGGUUAAUCGUAAAAACAUGAAAUCAAAAGUUAUAUCUUCUCCCAAACGUGGAGAUUAUGUUAAGUUAGACAUUCAAGUAAACGUUUAUCCAUCAAAUGAUUAUAAAAAUGGUAAAGAUGCAGUUAAAAAGUGCAAAUAUUUAAAUCCACCCAUCAGCACUGAGGCAACACAGGCUAGUACAGAUAUUAUAAAAGACGAUUCCAAAACCCACCAUCAUAUUAUACCGUUACUUGAUGGAGCUGUCAGUGAAGCAAAAUUUAUAGUGAGUGGAGAAAUAUCCCAAAAUAGUUCUAAAAAUAAUAAUAACGUAGAUAAUCCCGUUAUUGACUAUAUCGCAAAAGAGUCACAAAUAGCUAAAGAAAUAGGUGAAAUAAAAGUGAUCAUCAAAGCAUUAGCAAACACCACAGAGCAAUUAGUUAACGAACAUCUUAAAAAAACAAGUUUUAGUAAAGAUGUAUCGAAGCUGCGUAGUAUUGAUAGGACGAAGAAAUGUCAUGACGAAAAUUUAUCUAAACCAUCCCUAGGUGUACAAAUUUCAAGCGUAUAUGUUAAAAAUGAAGUUAUCUGUUCCGGAAUCAAAUUAAAAAAAGAUCCCAAAAAGAAACUUACGGACUACAAUCCCCGUCUUAUGAAAAGGAGUACCUCAUAUAGCAUUAUAGAUAGCGAAUCUAUAAUAAAAGUAACAGAUAUGACUUCGGCAGCGCAAGGUGAAAUUAAUGUAAGAUGCAAAGUAGACAGAGCUUUGUCCUGUUCUUUGACGAAAACUAAAUCAUUAUACGAAGUUUCCGUGGGAACAUGUAAUGAAAAGUCAGGAACUUACCCGUUUCCGAUUAAUCAGUGCAAUAAAAUUCGUCAUGAUUUAACGAAACCAGUAGGAGAGUUAAUUUAUAAUGUCUGUGAAAUUAAGCCUGUUACAUCGGGUCACGAUAAAACCCAAUUCGUAAAACCACCAUACAAUGAAACUGAAACUAAAAAUGAACCGAAGAUUGAAUCCUCUGAACUGUUACCUGUAAACCAUGGAUGCAAUAAAAAGUCCGUCUCAUCUAUUUGUAUAGAUAUCGAUAUGAAAACUCACGAUAAAAAAAUUACUAUACGACAUACCCGCGUAACAUUUUGUGGGGGAUUUUUUUAUUGCAUUUGCCUUUGUAUUCCGGUGCUAUCAAUUUUAUGGUUUUUCUAUGAUUAUGUUUUAAAAGAUUAUUUACCUGAUAGUUUUCCACUACGUAGAUUAAUCUGGGGAGGAAAAAUCAUUAAUGAGUCAUAUUUUCGUCUUACACUUGCAGAUUUGGGAUUUUAA